AUGGAACUUGAAGUUGAAGCACCACAAAGAUGGGAAGGUUAUGUUGACUGGAGAAACAAGCCUGCCCUUAGAGGUCGCCAUGGAGGCAUGCUUGCAGCUUCCUUUGUUCUUGUUGUGGAGAUAUUGGAGAAUCUAGCAUUUUUGGCAAAUGCAAGCAAUUUGGUUUUGUAUUUGAAAGAGUACAUGCAUAUGUCUCCUUCUAAAUCUGCAAACAAUGUUACAAAUUUCAUGGGAACAUCGUUUCUUCUUGCUCUACUUGGUGGUUUCUUGUCGGAUUCAUUUCUCACCACUUAUCAUGUUUACUUGAUAAGUGCACUUAUUGAGUUACUAGGUUUAAUCAUACUCACAAUACAAGCUCAUUCACCAUCACUAAAACCAACAAAAUGUAAUGGAUCAACUCAAUGUGAGGAAGUUAAUGGUGGAAAAUCAGCACUAUUAUUUUGUGGUUUGUAUCUAGUGGCUCUUGGAGUUGGAGGAAUAAAAGGGUCACUACCGGUUCAUGGUGGUGAGCAAUUUGAUGAAAGUACACCAAAUGGAAGGAAACAAAGAUCAACUUUCUUCAACUACUUUGUCUUUUGUCUAUCAUGUGGUGCUCUUAUUGCAGUUACUUUUGUUGUUUGGGUUGAAGAUAACAAAGGUUGGGAAUGGGGUUUUGCAAUUUCAACUGUUACUAUGUUUUUGUCUAUUCCAGUGUUCUUGGCUGGCUCAACUACUUACAGGAAUAAGGUCCCUUCUGGAAGUCCACUUACCACUAUUUUGAAGGUACUUAUUGCUGCAUCACUAAACACCUUCACCAACAAAAACUCAAGCAAUGCAGUUGCAAACAUGUCUUCAAGCCCUACAAAUCCAACCACACAAACAAAACAAUCACAACAACAAAUCCAAACCACAAAACCAACCACAACAACAUCUCAAACACCAACACAAACCCUAAAAUUCCUCAACAAAGCAUUCACAAACAAACCUAUCCACACAUCCCUAACAUGCACACUCCAACAGCUAGAAGACGUCAAAAUAAUCCUCAAAAUACUCCCCAUCUUCGCAUGCACAAUCAUGCUCAACUCUUGCUUAGCUCAACUCUCAACAUUCUCCGUCGAACAAGCCGCCACAAUGGACACAAAGCUUUUCUCCACCUUCAAAGUUCCUCCGGCCUCCUUACCAGUUUUCCCGGUACUCUUUCUCAUGAUCCUUGCACCAAUCUACGACCACAUCAUAAUCCCUUACGCAAGAAAAGUUACGAAAUCCGAAACAGGUAUAACUCAUCUCCAAAGAAUCGGAAUCGGGUUAAUACUCUCCAUACUCGCAAUGGCCAUAGCCGCAAUAGUAGAAAUCAAACGACGAAAAAUAUCCUCACACUUCAACAACUUAGCAACAAAAAAAUCUCCAUUACCUAUCUCAUUUCUUUGGAUCGGUUUCCAGUAUUUAUUUCUCGGUUCCGCCGAUCUCUUCACUCUAGCUGGACUGUUAGAGUUUUUCUUCUCAGAAGCACCUUCAAGUAUGAGAUCAUUAGCAACAUCACUUUCUUGGGCUUCUUUGGCAAUGGGAUAUUACCUAAGUUCAGUGAUUGUUUCUAUUGUAAACAGUGUAACUGGUAAUGGUGAUCAUAAACCGUGGCUAAGUGGAUCCAACCUUGAUAACUAUCAUUUGGAGAGAUUCUAUUGGUUAAUGUGUGUGCUAAGUGGGUUGAAUUUUCUUCAUUAUAUGUAUUGGGCUGCUAGGUAUAAAUAUAGAGGAAGAGGGAAUGGUGGUGAAUGA